AUGGCCACAGUGGUAGAAUUGAAACCUAUAAGAGAACAGAGUGAUGACAUCCUAGGGAACAAGAAGACCCCUCCCCAGAAAGUCCCGAGUUUAUGUUCCAUGCGCUACGGAAUAGCCUUGCUCACACAUUUCAGCAACUUCACAUUGAUAGCACAGAAUUCCAUCAUAAGCAUCACUAUGGUAGCCAUGGUCAACAACACAGACUACCAACCUCACCUCAAUAGCUCCACCGAAGCCAAUUUAAAUGGUGACCAACAUGAAGCUGCAAAUCAUCUUUCUGCAAAGGCCCCUGUGUAUAACUGGAGUCCUCAAACCCAAGGAUUCAUCUUCAGCUCUGCCCAGUAUGGCAUGAUGCUGAUGCAGGGUCCUGCUGGAUACUUGGCUGGGAAAAUAGGAACAAAGAAAGUGGUUGGAAUUGCUCUGCUCGCAUCUUCACUGCUCACUCUCUGCAUCCCAGUGGUUACCAGUGUUGGACUAGCUUUUUUCCUGGCAACGCGAGCAAUCCAGGGCUUAGCUCAGGGCAUUGGAUAUGGGGGUCAGUAUGCACUCUGGCAGAGAUGGGCUCCUCCGAAUGAACGAAGCCGACUCUGUAGCAUUGCUCUAUCAGGAAUGAUAUUGGGAGCCUUUGCUGUCAACCUUGUAGGUGGCAUCAUUAGUGAAGCCCUUGGAUGGCCCUUUGUCUUCUAUAUCUUUGGAGCCAUUGGCUGUGUCUGCUGCCUUCUCUGGUUCAUUCUGGUUUAUGACGACCCUGUCUCUCACCCGUGGAUAAGCGAUUCAGAAAAGGAAUACAUCUUAUCCUCUCUGCAGCAGCAACAGGUCAGCUCAGAAAAGCAGUCACUUCCCAUCAAAGCCAUGCUCAGAUCUCUGCCACUCUGGUCCAUGUGUCUUUGCACUAUGACCCACCAGUGGCUCGUUAACACCUUUAUGGUAUACACCCCAACCUACAUCAACUCUGUGUUCAAAGUUAACAUCAGAGAUAAUGGGUUCCUGUCUUCUCUUCCCUUUAUUGUCGCCUGGGCUGUUGGUAUCUUUGGAGGUCAGCUGGCAGAUUUUCUUCUGAGAAAGAAUUUUAGGCUCAUAAUUGUGAGGAAAAUCAUCACAACUUUAGGAACUGUUCCUCCAGCAGCCCUCAUUGUGGCUCUGCCCUAUGUCCAGUCCAGCUAUGUCACAUCGAUUGCAUUUCUGACACUUUCCUGUGGAAUAAGCCCUCUGUGUCAGUCAGGAGUCUAUAUCAAUGCUUUAGAUAUUGCCCCAAGGUAUGCCAGCCUUCUCAUGGGAUCGGCAAGAGGAUUGGCACAUUCAUCAGCUGUGCUGGUACCCAUUGUUGGCGGCUUUUUCCUCAAUCAGGAUCCUGAACUCGGCUGGAGAAAUUUCUUUUUCUUAUUGCUUGCCAUUAGCCAAUUUGGCUUAAUCAUCUACCUCGUGUUUGGGAAAACAGAAGUGCAAGAAUGGGCUAAAGAGAGGACCAUCACUCGUUUGUGA